AUGCCUGUUUCCUAUCCAGGCUUGUCAACUGACCAGAGUAUCGCCGACCCUUCUGAGUCCAACCAAGAGCCCAACGACACACUCCCUCCUACCGACGACCAGCUAGGCAGCAACAGUAACAACGGCGUCUUUCAGAACUACGAAGAACAGCUCAGCGCCAUCAGAAGCGACUUUAAGAAGCGCAUUUCCGAUUUACAGAGCAAUCUCGAGCUUGAUAGAGACGUCGCGGAAAUCGGGGUAGAUUCCCAACGACACCGUGAGAAAGAUCGAGAGAAAGUCGAGGAGAUUCAUCACCAUGCCGUUCAAGCCCAAAAGUGCACCGAACAGGCUCUGGAAUACGCGGAAAAGGCCCAGGAACACGCAAAUGCUUCUGUUGAGCUGGUCCAGUUGCUCAUGGAGAGCAUGAGCUCUAGCAAUCUAUCUGUUGGACGCUCUUCUGGCAGUGAUAGACCUUCUAGCAAGCGACUGCGCGAGAACUGA